UCGGUAUAUCGGGCCAAGCAGGCACCGCAUCGUCUCGUCUGCUCCGCACUAUAAGAAACACGAGGGCGAGAGCCUGCCAGAAAGAGGCAGAGCGGCCCCCGUUUUCUCACUCUCGCAAGAACACUGACCGCUCUAUGCUUACACACACUCCCUCUCUCUCUCUCUCACUCCCUCACUCUUUCUCUCUACUCUCGAGCGAUACACUAUACUCGCGCCGCUCACGCAUAAAGCUGCCAUUAUUAGAAUGCCGAGCUCGCGCGCGCGAGAAAGAGAAAGAGAGAGAGAGAGAGAGAGAGAGAGAGAGAGAGAGAGAGAGAGACGAAAGUCUCUCGCACACAGAGGCGCGUCUCUCGGCUUAAAAUUCUCGCAGUCGUGAUCUCUGUCUCGCGCGAGAGAGACUGGCUGGCCCCCAUAACGCGCCGAGCUUUCCAGCCAUGUGCUGCUGCUGCUGCAGUAGCUGCGCCGCCGCCGCUGCUGCUACUGCUCUUCGCGGCCUAAUUAAACGAUAAUUAGGGAGAAUUUUCACGCGGAGAGGGACACUCAUUACGUGAGAGACUCGGGUGUGCAAGCGCGAGAGCUUUUUAUUCGCCCGGUCGAGUUUCGAUGGGAGAGAGCUGCAUUCUUUGAAUUGUUCGCUUCCUUUUUUCGUGCACAGACCUUGAAGUAUAUCAAGUGGAGCUGUCGCGUGAUUAGAGGUUUUUUGUGCGCUGCUCUGAGAGAGUGUUUACGGUGCUUUUUUGCGGCGAGCCAUUGAGCGAGUUAAGUGCUUCGAAUUAAAAAUUCCGGGACUGUGUAUUGCGCGCAGUUUGGAAAUAUAAGUAUAAGGCAAAGCGUGAAGUAACUUCGGCAGUGAUUCAUGUCUGUUCAAUUGAGUCAUGAACAAUCUCAAAGAAGCGCAGUCGCAGAAAUGUCGCUGACUUUUUCAACCACGUGAUGAAACGCUUGUGAAAAAUAAUCAACAGAAACAAUGAUUGCGUCAUUCGCAAGCUCGCGCGAGCCGGCGAGCAUCUUCCAACAAACGGUCAUCAUCCUGCUGACCCUCGUCCUCAGCAGCGUCAGCAGUCACCAUCAGCGCUACCCCCGAGUGGUCCACCCGCGCAUAAUCCCUCACGCCGAACUAUCCCGCGAUCGUCGUUCGGCAGUUCCUCGGCCCGACGAUCGCAACCUGCAGUUCGUCUCGCUGAACGACUGGGUCCUCAAAACCGAGCCCAACGACCACUUGCUACUCUCUCCGAAAUUCAAUAUCGAGUGGACCAGCGAUUCAACCUCGAGCACCAGCACUAUUCCUCUGGAAUCCUGCGAGUACAGAGAAGGCGAAAUUCACGGGCACGAAGGCAGCUCGCGCGUGCUGCUGACCCGUUGCAGCGACGAUUUCUUCGGUCUGGUGAACCUUGGCAAUCGAACGUACCUCGUGGAGCCUCUGCCAAGCAGCGGCAGUAACGAGCACCUGCUGUACGAAGCCGAGUUCUCUCGGGCCAGACGUGAGGCAUCGGCCGGUGCAUCGGCGGUUUACGAGGCCAGUCGGCGCUUUUACAACCUCAGCGGCGACACGUUCGACGCGGAGAACUACGAGGAGAGCCCGGAAUUGCUGAGCGAACGCAGCGAACUCGGCAGAAACAACGAGCUCGAACAGCCGCAGGAUAUCGUCGGGGCAGCUGAUGGAGAGGAGGACGUCGGAUACUUCUUCGAUAGGAAUUGGCAGAGGGAGAAGCUUCCGACCAGAAAAACGGUCAACAAGUUCUCCCCGCCAAAGUGGCUCGAGCUCGCGAUAGUGGCCGAUCACUCGGUCAUCGAUUUCCACGGAUCUCGAGUUCAGCAGUACAUCCUCGCUCUACUAAACAUCGUCAGCGCAAUCUACAAGGAUCCAUCCCUCGACUCGAACAUGCAGCUCGUGGUGGUGCGGAUGAUAUUCUACACCGACAAAAAGGACGGAAUGGUGCAUCACGGCAACGCGCGCCGUUCGCUCGAGAACGUGAACAAGUGGAACCGCAAGCUCCUGUCCCAGACUAACGAGACGAUGUACGACGUGGCGGUGUGGCUCACGCGGCUGGACAUCGGCGGACCAUCGGGUUACGCCCCCGUCUCCGGUGCUUGCGAUCCUGGAAGGUCGUGCGCUCUUAAUCGGGACGAGGGUCUUACCAGCGCCUUCAUCAUCGCUCACGAAGUCGCUCACAUAUUAGGCCUGUCGCACGACGGCGACAAAAACUCGGGGAACACGUGCGCCAGGGAGGCGACGAGAGGCAGUAUAAUGGCUCCGAUGGUGGCGGCGACGUUUCACAACUUUCACUGGUCGACUUGCUCGAGGAAGGAAUUUCAUCGCAAGGCUAAGCACUGGUCGUGUCUCCUGAAUCGUCCGAGCGGCGAUGACUCGUCGAUCGUGCGUGCAAGCCCGAACGAGGUGUUCAGUAUGGACGAACAGUGCAGAAUGGAAUUCGGUGAAGGCUACAGCCGCUGCCGGAAUCUUGAGGCGUCGGAUCUCUGCGCGCAUCUCUGGUGCGGACGGGCUAACGGUAGCUCGCAAGCCUGCAAGACGAAGAAGGGACCGCCACUGGAGGGAACGCUCUGCGCCGAAAAUAAGUGGUGCAUAAACGGCUUGUGCGAGUCUAUCGAUCAGAAGCGCCGCUCGGAUCCAAGCCCUUUGGCGGUACGAGGCGCUACUCCGGAGAACACAUGGAGUUCCUGGAGCUCGUGGAGCGACUGCUCGAGAACUUGCGGCGUCGCGGUGCAGCAUAGAUUACGCCGCUGCAACGGCUUUUGCGAGGGUGAUUCGAAAGAGUUUCGUCUCUGCGACUUACCGGCUUGCUCCGAACCGGUGGAUCUCAGAGCUGCGCAGUGCUCGCGCUUUUUUCAAGGUCACGGCGGCUCUUCGAAAAUUAAUGUGCUGGACGGGAACAGCAGCACGUGGCUGCCGUACGAGGCUUUCGACGGCAGUCCUAACUGCCAGCUGGUUUGCUAUAGGCAGGAGACCGGGGAGAUCUUUCAUACCGGGCUGGACGUCGAGGAUGGGACGCCUUGCUCUUACGAGACGACUGAUAUUUGCAUUGAUGGCGCCUGCCGUCCGAUGGGCUGCGACGGCGUGUUAAACUCGGGCCGAUCGAGGGACGCGUGUGGCCUCUGCGGCGGUCGCAACUCCACCUGCGAGAGCGUCGCCGGCAAGUUCCAGCGGAAGCUGCGUCGAGAAACGACCCGUUUGGCCGUGAUCCCGAAGUCGUCGCACAACAUCAAAGUCGUGGUAACGGUCCUGCUUAUGGAUUCCGUGCCGCACGAGGGCAACAUGAGAAUCCUCGUUCGCGACGGCCAGAGAAAACGGCACGAGAUAAGCGAAUUCGACUCGGACGGCCGAGCUCCGGUUAUGAUAAUCGAGAGCGCGGCUUUCCGACUCGAAAGACUCGAGGAAAAGUACGUGCUCUGGAGCCGAGGACCCAUCGCCUCCGAAAUCGUCGUUUCGCUGAUAGCCUCGAAGGAUGUGCUGACCAGCGGCGCCUCGAUCUCGGUCUCGUGGCAGUGCGCGCUGGCGCGUUCGGAGCUUCGACAGGCCCGAAGUCGAUACGUCUGGAUUUUGGGCCCCUGUACUGAAAACUGUGCAGGCAGAGAACCGAGACGCGGCGGUGGUAGAGUCAGGACGAGGGAACUGAUCUGUAGGGACGAGACUACGCGGGAGCUGGUCUCUCGUGCCAAGUGUCGUCUGGCUGCUAAGCCACCAGUAGGCAAGGAAAUGGAGAGGUGUAACACUGUGAGCUGUGAAUACACAUGGAUACCUGGAAUGUGGGAGCGCUGUACAAUGCCGUCUACGGGAUGCAGCAAUGCAGGUACUCAACAGCGCCGAUUAUAUUGCGUUCCGGCGUCGUUCGGCGAACGGCAAUUAACGCGGGAGAAUGAACUCAGGGUCUAUCGGAAUACAGUUCCACCUACCAAGUGUCGGGAUCUAAAUAAGCCGGCGACAGAGAGACCCUGCAAUCAGAGGGUCACGUGCCACGGACAAUGGGUCUACGGCGCCUGGUCUCCUUGUUCUCAAAGUUGCGGCAGAGGAGUGCAAACGCGCAAAGCUCGUUGCGUUGAGUUUUCACCUUUAGGCCCCAGACUGGACCAGCAGCUACUUCUGGACUCCUGUAAUGCGACUCGUGCUCCAGAUGAAACUCGUGCCUGUAAGGGCUCUGCGAGACACAGUCUGGAAUGUGGAGUUAACGUUGGUAACAGAGUCGAUCCGCAGUGUCGAAGGGACAAGGGGCAAGUGUGCGCGACACGAGAUUUGACUACUUAUUGCAAAAACGCGGCUUUUCGCAGACGCUGCUGUGUGUCUUGUCGUGGAAAGUGAAUGAGACGGAUUUUAUAGGCGAUGAGUGUAGAAGGUAGAUUGUUGUUUGUUAUUAUUUUUUGAAGUGUUGAGAUGAUGAGGAUUGAAAGUCUCUUGAAUGGUUUUGAAAGAUGUCGAAGUAUGUUAAAAAUUGAAAAAUUUGUAAAUUAACGGAAGACUAAUUCUCGCUUACAAAGAACGACUGAAAAUUUAUUUACGAUUAUCGUGAGAUGCAUUUUAAAGUUAGCAAAAAUAUUUUUCGACAUAAAAUUGCAUUUUAAAAUCGACUUUGACAUUUAUUGCUAGCAUUAUACAAAUAGUCAUUAUAAGACAGGACUGCAGGUACUUGAGGGGAUUUUCAAGUAUUAUACUUUAAUAUAGCAUGUAAGAAAUUGUGCAUAGGCUUAAUUCUUUAGGAGUAUAGGAUUUAUUUAUUAUUUUAAAUUAAGUUCUAUUAAUUUAUUAAAACUAUUAAAAAUAAAUUUCAACUACUGUUAUAAAAACAGUUUUAAUUCACAUUUUCCUCUAAUAGAAUAUCAAUAAAGGAUCCAAAUAAACGACACAGCAUUUCAAAUAGUAUUAGACUAGGUUUUAUUUGUAUUUGAAGUGUACAAUGUAUAGUAACAUCGUUAGUGCUUAGUCAACGCAGCAAUAAAAUCGACGCCAAAAACGAAAG